AUGAAGAUCUUCAGCUUCGUGCUUUUGGUGAUAACAACCUUCACGAUGCUCUUUGGUUCUUGUUCGGCUACUGUCUACACCGUUGGGGAUUCCGAUGGAUGGAUUGCCAAAAAAGGAUUCUAUAACGAAUGGGCCAAGGAAAAUGUUUUUUACGUAGGAGACUCUUUUGUCUUCAAAUACGAUCCCUCCGUCAACGACGUUACUCAAGUUUGGGGCGCUUUAGAAUUAGAAUUCUGCGAUACUUUUUCUCCUAAAGCCGUCUACAGGACAGGACAUGAUGUGGUAACUUUCACGGAACCCGGAGAGCACUACUUCAUCAGCUCAAAUCAAGCUCAAUGCACACUUGGACAGAGGCUCGACGUUCUUGUUGUUCAUGACCCAUCACGUCCUAUUCCUCCACCACCACCGAGCAAGAUCCUUCCUCCCGGGGAAACCUACAAGGUCGGUGACUUUAAAGCAUGGAGUGUUCCUGAAAAGAGUGACUACUAUAACAAGUGGAGUGAGGAUAAAUUGUUUCAUGUAGGAGAUAGUCUACUUUUCGAAUACAACAACGAAAUAAAUGACGUUUUAGAGAUUAGUGGUGAUCUUGAAUUCAUAUCCUGCGACCCGAAUUCUCGCGUAGCCAUGCACACGACAGGCCAUGAUCUCGUUACGCUCACCAAACCAGGAGUUCACUAUUUCACUAGCUCAUAG